GGCGGACAAGAUGGCAGCCUCCAUGCUGGGCUCGCUGCUUCGCACUGUCAGGCAGAUGGUUCCUUCAUCAGCUUCAGGUCAAGUUCGAGGUUAUUACGUAGACUGGAGAAUGGUGCGUGAUGUGAAGAGACGAAAAAUGGCCUAUGAAUAUGCAGAUGAAAGACUGCGGAUAAAUUCACUCAGGAAGAAUACUAUUUUGCCAACAACUCUUCAGGAUGUGGCUGAUGAAGAAAUUGCUGCCCUUCCCCGUGACAGCUGUCCGGUCAGAAUCCGCAAUCGCUGUGUUUUGACGUCCCGCCCACGUGGCGUCAAGCGGCGCUGGAGGCUCAGUCGCAUUGUCUUCCGCCACUUGGCUGACCACGGGCAACUUUCUGGGGUCCAGCGGGCAAUGUGGUAAAUCGGCUCCAGAAUCUACUAACGUUUGCAGG